AUGACGUCAAUCGGUACGGGAUACGAUCUCUCAAACUCAGUCUUCUCGCCAGAUGGCCGAAACUUUCAGGUUGAGUACGCCGUGAAGGCUGUUGAGAACGGAGGAACAGCUAUCGGCAUCCGAUGCAAGGACGGUGUGGUGUUGGCAGUAGAAAAGAUCAUCACUAGCAAACUCCUCAAGCCCGGCGCCAACAAGAGAAUCGCGACAGUUGAUCGUCAUGUCGGCAUUGUAUCGGCGGGUCUCGUUCCCGAUGGUCGGCACUUUGUGUCCAGAGCCAGAGAUGAAGCAUCCUCAUGGAGAGGUACAUACAAGGGCCCCAUACCGACCUCCGCGCUCGCGAACCGCCUCGGUGGCUACGUACAAGCCUACACAUUGUACUCUAGUGUACGACCAUUUGGUGUGACCUCUAUCGUCGGAGGAUGGGAUAGUGAAGCGGACUUGCCCGUCGAUGGCCAGGUCGGUUCAGGGCCAGAGUCAGGCGCCGGUGGGAAAGUCAAAGAUGCCCAAGCUGGAGGGCCUGGGCUAUACAUGAUUGAACCUAGCGGGCUUUACUGGGGCUACUACGGUGCCGCCACCGGCAAGGGACGGCAGGCUGCCAAGGCGGAACUGGAGAAGCUGGACCUGACUUCGGGCAAUCUAUCUCUGGCAGAUGGCGUGAAGGAGGCAGCGCGCAUCAUCUACGUCGCCCACGAAGACAGCAAAGACAAGGAGUUUGAGUUGGAAAUGUCAUGGAUCAGCUCGCUUGACGGUCCGACUAAGGGACGGCACGAAGAAGUGCCCAAGGACAUUCGGGAAGAGGCCGAGAAGUUUGCGCGCCGGGUUCUGGAAGGUGAGGAUGAGGAUGAGGAGGAUAAGGGUCAAGCAGAGGGAGAGCAGAUGGAAGAAUGA